AUGCGAGGAGGAGCUAGCGGGUCCGAAGCCCGCGGGCCCCAGCGGUCGCAGUGGUGUUUCUCUGCAGCUGCCAAGCUGGAGCUGGACCUGGAACUCCGCGGGGCGAAGGCUCCGGCCGCCGGACAGAGGCUCCUCCAGACCGAGGCUCCGGCUGACACCGAGCCUGAGGCAGUGGCAGUGGCUGUCUCGCAGCGGAGCGGCCACAGCCGCAACCUUCUGCGCUGGUUCACCACAGUGGUCCUGUGUGCCGCCUUCCUGGGGCUGGGUAUGAGUAUUGCCAUCCUGGGACCCACAUUUCAAGAUUUGGCAACAAAUGUGAAUAGCAACAUCAGCAGUCUUUCCCUGAUUUUUGUGGGCCGUGCCUUUGGAUAUUUGAGUGGUUCUGUCAUUGGCGGAGUUCUUUUUGACUGUAUGAAUCAUUUUUUACUUUUGGGGUUGUCCAUGUUGGUUACCACGGUUGGCCUUUAUCUUGUUCCUUUUUGCAAGAGAGCAAUACUGCUGAUUGUCAUGAUGUUCAUCUUUGGUACUUCCAUGGGCGUUCUGGACACAGGUGGUAACAUCCUUAUCUUGGCUAUUUGGGGAAAGGAAGGAGCCCCCCACAUGCAGGCCUUACAUUUCAGUUUUGCCUUGGGUGCAUGUUUGGCUCCGUUGCUGGCCAAACUGACUUUCAGUACAACCGAGUCUGCCGAAAAUGCCACAGAGGUUGACUCUGCCCUCAACUGGUCAUCUGAAGCUGACUCAGAAUCUGUAUUUGGAGUACCUAACAGUAUGAAUUUACUGUGGGCGUACGCUCUUAUUGGAACAUACAUUUUUGUAAUUUCUGUAUUGCUUUUUGCUUUGUUUUUAAAGAAAAGUUCCAGGCGUGAGAAAGCACAAGCAUCUGCCCAGAGGUCUCGGAAAGCUAAAUACCACAAAACCCUUCUUUGUCUCCUUUUUGUGUUCUUCUUCUUUUACGUUGGAGCUGAGGUAACUUAUGGCUCUUACGUCUUCUCAUUUGCAACCACCCAUGUUGGCAUGCAAGAAAGUGAAGCAGCUGGGGUGAACACUGCUUUCUGGGGGACUUUUGCAGUCGUCAGGGGCCUGGCCAUCAUUUUUGCGGCAUUUUUACAGCCUGCAACCAUGAUUGUGUUGAGCAACAUCGGCAGCCUGAUUUCAUCUGCUGUGUUGGUGAUCUUUGACAAGAACCGAGUGUGUCUCUGGGUGGCAACAUCAGUGUAUGGAGCCUCCAUGGCGACCACGUUUCCCAGUGGCUUUUCCUGGAUUGAGCAGUACACAACCAUCGAUGGGAAGUCCGCAGCAUUUUUUGUGAUUGGUGCUGCUCUGGGAGAAAUGGCUAUUCCUGCAGUCAUUGGAAUUCUUCAAGGAAAAUACCCAUAUUUACCCGUAGUUCUGUAUACCUCUUUAGUGGCAGCAAUAGCCACGGCUGUUCUAUUUCCUGUGCUGUAUAAAUUAGCCACCUCACCCCUUGAUCAUCAACGAAAAGAAAGCAGAAAGAGUGAGGACCAGACUGCUUUACUCUCUAGCUCUGGAUUGAAUGACUGUGAAGAAGAGAAUGAGGAGGAGGAUGCAGACAAAUGGAACGAAAUGGACUUCGAAGUGAUUGAAAUGGAUGAUACAAUGAGAAAUUCUGUGAUAGAGACCUCUAGAAAUGUUUGCAUGGAGCCCACCUCUGAGGUCGCCAGCUGGUCGCUCUCAGGUGCAUUAUUCUUUGAGGCCUCUCCAGUUCAGAGGGACAGCAACUCUGUGAAGCACUUGCCAGAAACCAGGACAAAAAGGACUGACAUGUCUCCAAGAGGACUGCUGAGUACUGACUCCCCUGAGGGACUGCCACUUCUGAAGAGGCUGGGCAGAGCCGGGCAUUAG